GUGCCACUUUCAGGUCUCCUCACACUGCUGGUGUGUUCCAUUUUUUGUCAUAGGGUGCUGGCAGAUUACGGGCCUCCCAUUGCUGCUGCCAGGCCCCUAAUCUGCCAUGGGCCCCUGUACCGCCUCCUUCAUGCUGCUGCCAGGUCCAGAGUUUCUCAUGGGUCCCUGUACGGCCUCCCAUUGCUGCUGUCUCCAUCGCCACACUCUGCCAUGUGCCACUUUUACAGGUCUCCUCACACUGCUGGUGGGUUCCAUUUUGUCAUAGGGUUGCUGUAUGGCCUCCCAUUGCUGCUGCCUCCACCGCCACACUGUGGCUCCAAACACUGGUUUUGGCCCCGUGACUGGCCAAAUGAGUGAAGUGUGCGGUGAUUCUAAGAUCGACGGCACUCAUCUGCAUGUCCAUACUGACUGACAGUAUUAUUUCUCUUCCCAGCAGACUCCAAGGGCAUUUAAAUUAAAGGUACAGUGUUCUGCACUAAUAUUA